UCAGUUGAUGCCGAGUGUCACCCACUGCCCCCGCUCGUCGAUGCGGCCCAGCUGCUGCCACCCACCAUACUGACAGUCCUCAUUGCCCAAAUGGUCGUUGAAGCCCUUGUUGAUGGCCCCCUCCUGUAUGCCGUGUCGGGCCGCCUCGUCCAGCCGGGCCCUUUGCACCACCUCACGCACACCAACACGGCCCCGUGUGUGGACCACCUGGUGUGGGCGGCUGUCGGCCCUGAUGGCGAAGCACUGCAGCGGCACCCGCACCGUCACGCCGCCCACAUUGGCCGUCCCGCCCACCACCUCCCUGUUGCUGCUGGCAUACAGCGCCGACUUGAUGAAAUGGUCGACGGCCGCACACACGCGGCGGGCCAUGUCGCUGUGCCGGAUGACGAUGUUGGCAGUGAUGGCCUCGUUGGCGGCGUCUUGGUCGAAGCACAUGGCGGCGAUCCGCCAGCCGAUGGCCUCUGCCUCGUGUGGGCCGUAGCCAGGGGGGGCGGGGAGGGGGGCGGGGGGCGGAUCGGCCGCAGGUGUGCCAGGGGGCUGCAGCAGGUGGGGGAGGAGAGUGGGGAGCGAUCUCAUCAGGAAGGCCGCCAGCGACCGCUGAGGGGCGAGGGCGGCAUUCACAGCCGCCAUCGCCCCCGUGUGCACGUCGGUGUUGAGGACUGUCGUGCAGUGGGGCAGCACCAGGUCGCGAAAGCGGCGGUCGUGCUCGGUGUCUGUGGGGAUGCGGCCGAUGUCCGCCCCGCUUCGCAGCAAGCUGCGGAUGAUGGUUUCAUAAAGGGGAAUCUUCCUGGUGGCUUGGUUCUUCUCCCAUUCAUCCCUGUCGUCGUCUUCCAAGAUUUCAAACGACAAGUCGAGUUGAUCACCGGCCACGUAAAGGGGCGUUUCGUUGGGGUUGAACCGUGUUUCUCUGUUGAUGUCCGCUGGCAGAAGAUGGCGGCACAGAUUGUCCGCCAUACAGGGAGCACCGUCACCAAAAACGACACCUGCCGCCUUGUGUAGGUAUGAACAUCCAUACGCAUCCACUGCCGUCACAUUGGCCCCGUUGUCCACCAGCAGGUCGAGAUAUGAAUCAAUGAAGGCCUGCGAAUAGCGGCCUAGCUCGUUGGAGCAUGCACUUGAGAUCAAAUCGCGUUCGGUUGCGAGUGUGGCGUCGUGGAGGAUGAGCCGGCGGUAGAUCGACAGCAGCCGCUGCUCAUAGGCGAGGGACACCUGCUGGCCGAUUCGGUCGUCGGAGACGGAUUUGGGCAGCUCCAUGAUCAACAAAGGGCCAUCAGGAGGGCGCACCGGAGCGCCAUGCGCCAAGAGAACCCUCACGGCCUCCUCGUUUCCCAAACGGAUUGCCAUCUUGAUGGGCCGGUCAUCCGAAAGGGCCGGCCGAUUGACGCGGGCGCCUCCGUCGAUGAGGGAAUUGAUGAUGACCGCUUCCAGCUCAGGCGAUGACCAGUGAGGCAAGGCUGCGAACGGCUGCAGGCCACCGUUGCUGUCUGUCACCUCGCCAGUCCACAUGGCAUUGUCGCUGAGGUUGUCGAUAGCGAGCGAGAGCAGCCGAUACCGCCACCCAUCACUGCCGCUGCCCCGCACACGCAGCCCGAUCUCACGAUUGGGGUCGGCACCAUUGUGGAUGAGGUUUGUGACCUGCUGCUGGUGGGUGAAGGUCCGACGGAAGAUGCCCUCAGCCAGCCGUCGGGUCGCAUCGCAGCUGUCGUCACUUUGGGCGAUUUCGAUGUCCUCGAGCCCCAGACAGCCGUCAGGCUGCUGGCCUUCCGCACUGCCAGAGGCCAU